AUGGCUGAUGCGCUUGUUUCUGCAAUCUCACAACGCUUAACAUCCAUCCUUUUUCAAGAAGCUGAAGCUGGGUUGAGACUUCUUACGGGCGUCAACCAAGAAGAACUCAGAAAGCUUGACAACACUUUUCAAACUAUCCGAGCUGUCCUCGUAGAUGCAGAAAAAAGACAGCUCAAGGAGCAAGCCAUUAAGGUCUGGCUGGACAAGGUUCAAGAUGUGUCUUAUGAUAUCGAGGAUGUGUUGGACGAGUGGAAGAUUGUAGCUCUCAAACUGCAAAUCGCGAGGGAUUCACGCCCUUCGACUUCCAUCGUUCCGAGAAAGGUACGCUCAUGGAUUCACUCCCCGAGCUAUUUCGUUAGUCGAGUCAUUCACCGUUAUGAUAUUGCUGUUAAGAUUAAGAAGCUAAACCAAAGGCUUCAAGUGAUUGCCAAAGAGAAAGAUGAUUAUUCCUUUACAGUUGAUCUGAACGGGAAGACUGAUCUUGAACCUGAGCGACCAAUAACAACAUCCUUCAUCAAUCCAUCCGACAUUCAUGGUCGUGACGGAGAUAAAAACAUGUUGCUAAACAUGUUACUCGACAAGAACAACGGCGAAGAGAAGGGCGUCCCUGUAAUCUCUGUAGUGGGAAUGGGAGGGAUAGGGAAAACAACAUUAGCCCAAAUGGUGUACAACCAUGAUAAGGUGAAGGCUUACUUUGAUAAGAGAAUAUGGAUAUGUGCUUCAAAUCCUUUUGAUGAAAUGAGGACUGCAAAAGCCAUUCUUGAAGGUCUAACAGGAGUUGUUUCGAAUUUCACCGAGUUGAAUACCUUACUGGAGCAGAUCCACGAGUCUAUUAAAUUUAAGGCAGAGAGGUUCCUUCUUGUUCUAGAUGAUGUGUGGGGUGAAGAUGAUAGGAAGUGGCAAUCAUUGAAAUGCUCUCUUGAUUGUGGUUCCCAGGAUAGCAAAAUUUUGUUGACCACUCGGAAGGAGAAUGUAGCCGUGAUCAUGGGUUCUAGCCACUUGUUUCGUUUGGGGAAGUUAUCGAGAGAGGAGUGUUGGUCCCUGUUCAGCCGCCUGGCGUUUUUCGGAAGGAAAGACAAGGAGCGCGAGUGUUUAGAAGACAUUGGUAAGAAAAUUUCAGAUAAGUGUCAAGGCUUGCCACUUGCUGCAAAAACACUAGGAGGUCUCUUGCGUUUUAAGCGAUCUCGAGAACAAUGGCGAAGAAUCUUGGACAGUCAGAUAUGGGAACUUGAGGAGGCUGAAAAUGGUCUUUUUUCUCCCUUACUCUUGAGUUACUAUGGUUUGCCAUUGCCAUUGAGGCGCUGCUUCUCAUACUGUUCCAUUUUCCCGAAAGAUUGUAAAAUCGAGAAAGAUUUCUUGAUCAAGUCAUGGAUGGCUGAAGGCCUUCUCGGAGAGAUGCAGCAUAAAGAUGCGGAGAUCAUUGGUGAAGAGUACUUUGAUAACUUGGUGGUGCAUUCUUUCUUUCAAGAGUUCGAAAAGGAUGAAAAUGACAACAGCAUCAUCAGCUGCAAAAUGCAUGAGAUAGUGCAUGAUUUCGGUCGAUACUUGCGAAGAACAAUGAGUCUUAUGGUGGCCAGUAGCAAUGUUGAAGAGUUCAAUAUGGCCUCUAAGGAAAAUGCUCGUCAUCUAACACUGAUUCACGAUGAAGCUGCUGCAAUUCCUGCUCCCGUUUUCAAUGUAAAAAAGUUGCGUAGCUUGCAUCUGAACUUGAAUGAUACUUCAACUAUUGGUGCAUCAUUGGCUAAACUGUUGGAUCGAAUGACUUGUCUGAGGAUACUAAGCUUCAAAGACAUGAAUUGUGGAUACAAAUGUUCAAUCAAAGCAAUUCCGAAGGAAAUAGGAAACUUGCUGCACUUGAGAUAUCUUAACUUGGAAGGGAACACUGAUUUAGAAAAAUUGCCAGAGACAGUGUGUGACUUGUGUAACUUGCAAACUCUGAACAUCAGAUCUUGUAAAAAUCUUAUGAAAUUGCCUCAUGGUAUCGGGAAGCUGAUCAACUUGAGACAUCUCCAAAAUGCAGGUACAGAUAGAUGCAGAUUCAUGCCAAAAGGACUACAACGAUUAACGUCUCUACGGACACUAGAUGAGUUUGUCGUGAGUCGUGGUGAUGUUGAGAGUAAAUCAUGUAGCCUUAGUGAUUUGGGGAACUUAAUCCAUCUACGAGGAGAUCUCGAGAUCAGAGGAUUGGGAAAUGUGGCAGACCUGUGUGUGGCGAAGAAAGCACAGCUUUGGACAAAGCACGAACUCCGUGGGUUGCGUCUAAAAUUCGAUCCCCAAGAGAUACAACAGGUCAAACUUGAGGACGAAAAGUAUGUAUUUGAAGCAUUGCAACCACCUUCACACCUAGAAAGCUUGAGCAUACUCCACUGCAGAGGUCCCCUUUCUUUCCCUGAUACGACGACAUCAUUGUGUAUGCUGAAGAGAGUUCGACUGCAGAAUUGUCUCAACUGGGAAAGAUUGCCUCCAUUGGGGAAGUUGCAGUCCCUUGAAUCUUUAGAGAUGGAGUUUAUGAAUAAGAAUGGGAAAAGUGGGAAUAUGGUUGGAGAAGUGGAGAAGAUGACUGUUACAAUCAUGCCUCAACUUCAUUCAUUAACAAUAAAUUAUUGCAUUGAGUUGAAGGCAUUGCCGAGCCACCUUCUUCGUAAUACGACGCUGCAAGAGCUGCAUAUCAAAGGUUGCCCCGUUCUAGGAGAACGUUUUGAGAAGGGGAGAGGGGUGGAUUGGACUUCCAUCUCCCACAUUUCUGCAAUCCAAAUUGAUGAUGAAUUGGGGGUUAUUGAUGAUGAAGAAUUGCGUUUGUUUCUGGAGUUUAUCAGCCUUCAAGAAGCUGAAAACAAGGUAAGAGUCGUUGUCGGUGUAAAGGAGCAGAAGCUGUUAAGCUUUAAAGCGUUGCUUAUGACAUUGAAGACGUUUUGGAUGAAUGGAGCACUGCGAUUCUCGGAUCUCAAAGCUCUUCCUCUUCAAAAUCUCGGUAAUAGAGUUAUGAAAGAAGCAUCCGUUCUUGAAGCUUCUGCUCUUGAAUCAGCUGCCUCCAUAUCUGGAAUAUUUGAACAUAAAACACAUGAAUGGUCCAACAACAUUCCCCAGUUGGAUGGUGUCAUUGACGAUGUUGAAGAGGGUUAUACCAUGGGCCUGUCUCAAUUGGAAAACCUUGCCCCCAUGUGGAAGUUGCCAGUCCUUGAACAUCUAGAGAUAUUGAAAAUGAAGAGUGUGAAAGAAUUGCCUCAAGUUAAAGUCAUUGUUCCGCCAACUUCUUCAGAAGACAACUCUGCAAGUAUUACCGCUGCUUCUGAAAUAUCAGCAGAGCCGGGUAAUCCUUUGACGCAUAGAGGCGUUGCAAUAAGUGUUAGAUUUCUCACAGGUCACUCGAGAAAAAGUGGAACAGAUUCUCUCUUUGUUGCCGAGAAUGCUGCUGACCCUUUAGUGGUUUAUAUGGGCUUGUCCACCCUCCCUUCUCUUGCACAAAAAUUGAUACAUCGUGGCCUACCACCAGAUACACCGGCCGCUGCAGUUGAGAGAGGAACCACACCUCAACAGCGCACGGUCUUUGCAGAACUAAAGGAUCUUGCCGAUAAAAUCAAAACGGAAGAAUUAGUAUCGCCAACACUAAUCAUAAUCGGGAAGGUUGUUGCCCUUUCACCAUUUUGGCCGCGGUAUUCUAAAGAAGCAUCCUGUCUGGUUGAAGCCUAAC